AAUUUGGUAUUCGGCUUGUUCACAGGAUGGUGACGUCAGGUCCAGAACCUUCGGCACGUAGUUUGCCGGUGCUGAAUAGUAGCUUCUCGACUGGGAGGUCCUCGUUAAACACGAACCGGAACUCGUGUCCAAAUGUUCCGUCGUCGAGGACGAUCGUUAAACCGCCGACCCCGAUGUUCACAUUGCCAGAAAACCAAGAAUACCCAGCGCAACUUGACUUGUCGCUGGCGAAUGUGAUUGGCCAUGACCUGGCUUACUGCCGUACUAAACUGCUAAGCCUGCGACGCAUGAUUGAGCAGUUCCCGACGGUCGAUCCUUUCGAAAGCGACACCAACCAGGGGAAUGUUUAUUGGAGUAACGUGAUGCGCAUGGGCGAUAAUGCUUUCCCAUCAGCUGUGAUCGACAAUGGAACCGACAGGUCGACUCAGGCAGCACCCAUGGCGAACAACGACGUGCAAGCUUUGCAAGAAGAAAAUUUGCGUCUUAAAAGGCAGCUAGCUGAUAUGAAUCGCCAAAAUAAUUUCCAGCGAGAGCAGCUGGAGGAAAAGGACCGAAGAAUUCUCAAUUUGAUCAGCCAAAUGAGCGUGUUGGAAGCCGCGAACACGUCGUGGAAACAAAGCGAGCUUUCCAAGAAUGCGAUGAAUGCUGCCACUCAGACCGAGCGAGUGACUCCUCGGAACAUCUCGGCUGAACGUCUGGCGAACAUUGGUCCCUACAUUACAUAUGUAACUACUAUGAACUUUUGGGACAAAGUGCAGCACGAAAUACAGACUUCAGGCACUAGGUUGAUCCGCGGUCGAAAAUCAAGGAGGGAGUCAACUGAGGAUUCUGGGAUUGAAACCCCUGGCCAGAAGUCAAGUCCCUCGAAAAUAAACAUGCCUGCCACUGCCAUUGAUGAUGAUCUCGGGCUCGCUGAUGAAAUUCUGGCGAGUCCGGUUAGAGAAGCUGGACCGAAAACGGGACAGAAGGCUCGUGGAACGUCGGCCGUCGGUCGUGCUGAUAGUAAUUCGGGUGCCCCACCGAGAGCUCGUAGAACUGGCGGUUGGGCUGAAGAUGCUCCCCCGAAGAGUGCAAGACGUCGUGGUAGUACCAUAAGCAUCAUGGAAGAUGUUGCGGUGAAUCGAGUGGCGACGUUCAAGGAACUUGACAGUGAUCUAUUUCGUCACGGAGCUUUUGCGACGUUAGACGACAUUGAUUUGCGAGCGUUGCUGAAGUGCAUGGCACCGGAGCCGGAAACGAAAGAAUUCGAUUCCGAGUGGACGUGGGACGCUCUGUUUACGGAAGUUUCAUCUGAAAUCUUGAAAGAACAAUUGACGAUUUUGCCCGAGGAUGAGGAGGAUAAAAAGCGGGAUGAUCCGUCAGCUAUCUAUAUUGGAUAACUUUGUUUCAUCGAACAGAUUUGAUCUCUUUUUGGCACAAAUGAUACUGUUCAGAUUGCAUUUUAUUCACUGUGAUCUUUGUUGUGGCUACAGUUGGUGUAUCCCAUGUUGAUUUCGAAUUGCAAGCGUUUGCGAUUGAA